AUCGCUGCUCCCCAAAAAAUUAUGGACGUCGGUGGGAACGGUGGUGGGCUUCCUGUAAACAAUAAACAGAGAGCCAUGAUACCUAAUAAAAGUAGAGGCGAAUUUACCCGCAACCCAAGGAAAGAUUCAGAGGGGCUGUCAGAGUCUCCAGACCUUGAGUUUGAAUAUGCUGAUACAGACAAGUGGGCCGCAGAGUUGUCAGAGCUGUACAGUUAUACAGAAGGACCGGAGUUCGCUCUUAACAGGAAAUGCUUUGAAGUGGAAUUUAGGACACAUGUUGCUGAGAAGAAGUGGACAGAGCUGGGUGCAGCUGAGCACAGAGCUCACGCCAUGCGCCUGUUGGAUGGUCUGGAAGUGAUCGCACGAGAGAAGAGGCUGAAGGUUGCCAGAGCUAUUCUUUACAUGGCUCAGGGAACAUUUGCAGAUUGCAGCUCUGAGGCAGAGGUGCAGCACUGGAUGAGAUACAACAUCUUUCUGCUGUUGGAUGUGGGCGCCUUCUCUGCUCUGGUGGAACUGCUCAACAUGGAGAUCGAUAACAGUGCUGCCUGUAGCAGUGCUGUCAGAAAACCUGCCAUCUCCCUCGCUGACAGCACUGAUCUCAGGGUGCUGCUCAAUAUAAUGUACCUGAUGGUGGAAACAAUACAACAGGAUGACCCAGCCGACAAACCUGAAUGGAAAAUCAUUAGGGAGACUUUCAAAACAGAGCUAGGCUCUCCUCUUUUUAACAACGAGCCCAUUUCUGUCAUGCUCUUCGGUAUGGUUACUAAGUUCUGCAGUGGUCAUGCCCCUCACUUCCCCAUGAAGAAGGUGCUAUUGCUGUUAUGGAAGAGCAUACUGUUCACUCUGGGAGGGUUUGAGCAGCUUCAAAGCAUAAAGGUUUGUAAGCGAGAGCAGAUGGGUCUGCCUCCUCUCCCAGAGGACAGCAUUCGAGUCGUGCGCAGCAUGAGGGCGGCUUCUCCUCCGGCGUCUGCAUCCGACCUCAUCGAGCAGCAGCAGAAACGGGCACGUCGUGAACACAAGGCGCUGAUCAAACAGGACAAUCUAGAUGCAUUUAACGAGAAGGAUCCCUACAAGGCGGACGACUCUCGUGAGGAUGAGGAUGACAACGACGACAAUGACAACUCAAUAGAGGGAGAGACUUUCCCUCUUGAGAGGGACGAGGUGAUGCCUCCGCCUAUUCCUCACCCUCCUUCAGAGAGGGUGUCCUUCCCCAAAGGUCUGCCGUGGGCUCCUAAAGUCAGGGAAAAGGACAUUGAAAAUUUCCUGGAAUCAAGUAGGAGUAAAUUUAUCGGAUACACACUUGGAAAUGAUACAGAUACUGUUGUUGGCUUGCCCCGGCCUAUUCAUGAAAGCAUAAAGACAUUAAAACAGCACAAAUAUGUAUCCAUAGCUGAGAUUCAGAUUGCAAAAGAAGAGGAGUUUCAGAAAACCCCUCUAUCUGGGGGUGAAGAGGAGGUAGAACUGUCCUCCACUGAGCUGCUAUAUCAGGGAAUUCUGCCGAGUCUUCCUCAGUAUAUGAUUGCGUUGCUGAAGAUUCUCCUCGCGGCUGCUCCAACUUCCAAAGCCAAAACAGACUCCAUCAACAUCCUGGCAGACGUGCUACCAGAGGAGAUGCCAACUACUGUACUUCAAAGCAUGAAGCUCGGUGUUGAUGUGAACCGGCACAAAGAGAUCAUUGUGAAGGCGAUCUCUGCCAUCCUGCUACUGCUUUUGAAACACUUUAAACUCAACCAUAUCUACCAGUUUGAGUACAUGGCUCAGCACCUGGUGUUUGCAAACUGCAUCCCCCUCAUCCUGAAGUUCUUUAACCAGAACAUCAUGUCCUACAUCACUGCUAAAAACAGCAUUUCUGUUUUGGACUUUCCUUAUUGUGUGGUGCACGAGCUCCCGGAGUUAACAGCUGAGAGUUUGGAAGCAGGAGACAACAAUCAGUUUUGCUGGAGGAAUCUGUUCUCCUGUAUUAACCUGCUCAGAAUCCUCAACAAACUCACAAAAUGGAAACACUCCAGAACAAUGAUGCUGGUGGUGUUUAAGUCCGCUCCCAUCCUGAAGAGGGCGCUGAAGGUCAAACAGGCCAUGAUGCAGUUAUACGUCCUCAAGCUGCUCAAAGUGCAGACCAAAUACCUCGGACGGCAGUGGAGGAAAAGCAACAUGAAGACCAUGUCAGCUAUCUAUCAGAAGGUCCGACAUCGACUCAACGAUGAUUGGGCCUACGGAAAUGAUCUGGAUGCUCGUCCCUGGGACUUCCAGGCUGAGGAGUGUGCACUGCGGGCCAACAUCGAGCGCUUCAACAGUCGCCGAUAUGACAAGAACCACAGCAACCCGGACUUCCUGCCUGUGGACAACUGUCUGCAGAGCGUGCUGGGACAGAGAGUGGACCUGCCUGAAGACUUCCAAAUGAACUAUGACCUCUGGCUGGAGCGGGAGGUCUUCUCCAAACCUAUCUCAUGGGAAGAGCUGCUCCAAUGAGAAUAGAUGACAACAGUUUCACAAAUGGGCAACAGUGCUCUCCCUGAUUAGGGGUCACAGCAUCAUGUUUCAUGUUCUGUACAGGUUCAGAUGGUUAGACUUUUGAUUAACACAUUUUACACUUAAAUCAAUCCUCCACACAGAAAAUGAACUAGGGAUACUUUCCCUCAACAAUGACACCCACAGUUUUCACCGACCGUGAUUUUAGACCUAAAUGUGUUUCCAUAUGUGGACCUGAACUCUGCCGAGCACUACCCCAUGCCUCUUACCUGCUCUAGGUCAGUAAGUUCGACCUCAAAGCACUACAUGAAAGUACGAUCUCUCUUUACUGAAAGGUGUUUAUUUCAAAGAAAUGGUAUGAAUUUAGUGCUUAGAUUCAAACUGAGGUGUGUGAUUUGUUGAAGUCACAGCAGAUUAAACAUGAUAGCAGAUGUGACAUUUCCUAGUAAGCUGACUUUGAGGUGAAAGGAAUGGCCACUUUUAGUCAUAAUUUCUGUAUAAUAAACACAUGCAUUACUUUUUAAAAGUGAUAACUUAAGAAGGUUACACUUCUGUUUACUUGAUUCAUCCUUUGUUCAUUUGUUGUGUUUUAUUGAAUUCUGACUUUCUCUCCUGCGUGCUGCCAACACAUUUACUCUGGGACCAUUAAUGCAUCAGGGUGAGUGGAAAUAAAAAUACAGCCUUGUUUUUAGUCUGAACAAAAUAUCUUAACCUAACUUUGUGGUGUCAAGUUGCACAUGUUCCCACAUUUAGAUUGAACGUAAGAAACAUUUUCAAAGCUUCACAGACUGAACCAAGGGAACAACUCUGAUUACUGAACCAUUUUCCUCCUUUUCUACCUUUAAGCUUUUGUGUUUUAUUAAAAACAAGGUUACAGUGAUAGGAGUACAUGUAUAUUGUUUUACUUAUUUAUCAUGCCUUCUUUUUGUUUUACAUUGACUUAAGUACUGUAAUAAAUCAGGAUGUCAGUCUU